AUGAGCAGAAAGACAGAAAUCGGAGGACCCCUCGCCUUUGGGGGCCCCCGAGUAGCGGCUUCAGCGGCUUCUGGGGCUCGUGGGGGGAGACGUCGAGAGUUAAGAGAAGAACAAAAGAUUGAAAUUAAAGAAGCUUUUCAGUUGUUUGAUUCAGAGAAGACAGGCAAAAUGGAUUAUCAUGAGCUAAAGGUUGCGAUGCGCGCGUUGGGGUUCGAAGUCAAGAAAGCUCAAGUGCAAGAAAUUAUGCGGGCCUAUGAUAAACAGAACACAGGCUUCAUUACACAGAGCGACUUCGAGGAGAUCAUGAGCCAGAAGUACUUAGAUCGCGACCCCUCUGAAGAAAUGCGCAAAGCCUUUCAUCUUUUUGAUGACGAUGAUACAGGGAAAAUAUCUGUGAAAAAUUUAAGACGAGUCGCUCGAGAAUUGGGAGAGAAUCUCUCUGAUGAAGAAUUGCAAGCGAUGAUUGAUGAAUUUGACCGCGAUAUGGAUGGAGAAAUCAGCUUCGAGGAGUUUAUGGCCAUUAUGAAGCAGACGAGUCUUUAUCAGUAG